AUGGAUCUCGAUGACAGGCCGAAACUCUCCGUCGAAGCUGAAAAAGAGGUUACUAGAUUAUGGCGAACGUGGAGGACCGUGUUGGAGAUGCUCGUCGACAGAGGCUACGCGAUUGCUGAGGAUGAGCUGAAAAUCUCACGCGAUCAGUUCCAGCGCAAGUUUGGCGAUCCACAAAGUGGUUAUGCUGAGAGGAGACUCAUGAAACUCCAAGCGGUCCCUACCGAAGAGAUGAUCAAACGUGACACCCCUCGAGCCACGAAAACCAAUCCCAAUCCACAAACCACAGCCGGCACGAUCUGGGUCGAAUUUAGUCCCGAAACCACCAUCGGUAUCAAACAUCUCCGCGCAUUUGCCCAGCACCUCGAUGCGAAUAAGUUCACCACGGGCAUCUUUAUUACCAUUGGGCCUGUGACGGCUGCGGCCUUGCGCGCCUUCGAGCCUCUCACCGAGCGAGGAAUAACCGCUGAGUGGUUCCAAGAGCAAGACCUUCUCGUCAAUAUCACACGACAUGAAUUAGUGCCUAAACAUGUCCUCUUGAGCGCAGAAGAGAAGAAAGUGCUCCUGGACCGGUACCGCUUGAAGGAGACGCAGUUGCCCCGCAUCCAAUUCAGUGACCCUGUGGCCAAAUAUUUGGGCUUGAAGAGAGGCAACGUGGUUAAGAUUAUCAGAAAAAGCGAGACUGCAGGAAGAUUGUGA